CAAUCACCAUUGUGCCUGCUAAGUGGCUUCUGGUCAGUUUUGGAUGUUUUGUCGAAGUCACCUCCGAAAGCCUUGGAAGUUUAUCCCGGAACUCAUAACAACUUUCUUUUUGCGGAAAACUGUCGGAUAUGGACGACGCAUCGCCGCCAGCUCCUUGCACUUUGAAAAAAUGGGCGAAUUAUCGAAAGGGAUUCCCUUCUCCAAGGCGACCUGAAGGGGAGCUAACCUGUUAGCUUUGGGCUAGCAGUAUGUCAACCACCAUCCUCCUACCCGGGGACUCUGCUAUAAGAGCGGGUCCUCCAGGAUGCUUCACAGAUGUCGGAAUAUUACUCCCAAAUGGAUGAUGUUUUUCAAGAUGAUUCAGCAAUGCCAAGAAGAAUUCUCAGCAUCAUCAGUCUCACCCACCCCUUCUCUCCCCGGACCCCACGGUUCUGUCGAGCGCGCAGGCGUGCCAAGCUGCGUGGGAAUGGCUGUUGGUGCGAUGGAGGGGGUUGGGCUGCGCGGAGCGAGUGGAGCGCUACAUGAGUUUGUAAUGUCCGCCAUGUUGGCCAUGGCGCAUUGAACCGGGGAGGCAGAGCGGAGCGCCAGAGCCUCAGCGACCGACAGAGAGCGACCGAGACGCGGGCCUGCCCGGCCGCUGCUCGCGCUGCUACGGACCCGAGCCUCGCCUCGAUCGAGCAGCUGACUCCAGGACACCGUUCCGGAUCCAUCCAUGAGAACUACACACGGGACUGCUGUUAUUCCUCGCAGAUCCACUAGCUUUAUGCUGCGUCUUUUCAUAUAAAACAUGAGUAAAUUGUCGUUUCGGGCGCGGGCGCUGGAUGCUAGCAAGCCCCUGCCCGUCUUCCGCUGCGAGGAUCUACCGGACCUGCAUGAAUAUGCUUCUAUCAACCGGGCUGUGCCCCAGAUGCCUACCGGGAUGGAAAAGGAGGAGGAAUCGGAGCACCAUCUCCAGCGGGCCAUCUCGGCGCAGCAGGUCUACGGCGAGAAGCGGGACAAUAUGGUCAUCCCCGUGCCCGAGGCCGAAUGCAACAUCACGCACUACGAGUCCCUCUACCCGGGGGAUUUCAAAAUGCCAAAGCAGCUUAUUCACAUACAGCCUUUUGGUCUGGACACAGAGCAGCCAGACUACGACCUAGAUUCAGGGGACGAGACUUUUGUGAAUAAGCUGAAGAAGAAAAUGGAAAUCACCGCGCUCCAGUUUGAGGGGAUGAUAGACCGUCUGGAGAAAGGCAGCGGGCAACAGUUUGUCAGUCUGCAGGAGGCCAAGCUACUGCUGAAGGAAGACGACGAGCUCAUCAAGGAAGUGUUUGACUACUGGAGCCGAAAGAGGAAGGUGUGCAAGGGCGGCACGUUCAUUUCCUUCGUCAAGCAGGAAAAAAGAGACGGUUCCAGCACCAGCGACCCAUAUGUGGCCUUUCGCAGACGGACGGAGAAGAUGCAGACCAGGAAGAACCGCAAGAAUGACGAGGCUUCGUACGAGAAGAUGUUAAAGCUUCGCCGGGACCUCAGUCGGGCUGUCACCAUCUUGGAAAUGAUCAAGAGGAGGGAGAAAAGCAAGAGAGAACUGCUGCACCUAACGUUGGAGAUUGUAGAGAAGCGAAACACAAUGCCCGACCUUGGCAGCGAGGUGAUGGCAGAGGCGCUGGCCCAGCAGGCUCUGGUCAAGCCCGUCUACACCAUCCCCAUCAUUCCUAGUGCCAACCAGUAUCGACACCAAGACCACUUGGACUUGAAGGACUACAAGAAGCAGGACAAGUCGGAGGUGGUGCGAACCAAAAGGAAAUACGAAAAGAAACCCAAGAUCCCCCCUCUGUUGGCACCCCAUCACACAGGACCUUCUGUGUUUAAUCUCAAAGACCUCAACCAGUAUGACUUCCCGAGCUCUGACGAUGAACCCUUCUCACAGAUUAAUUCAGGUUCCUCCGAGGCAGAGGAAGAGAGCGAUCCAGAUGGCUGCUAUGCGUUUAGGAGGAAAGCCGGCUGUCAUUACUACGCCUCCAAUCCAGGCCAGAGUGGCAGCUGGCCGUGGGUAAGCCCAUUGGAAGGCGGGCUGGGUCACCCACGCUUCCGCUACUGUCUGACCUCCCUUAGCACGCCACAGCGCUGCAUCAGUCUGGCUAGACGCCGCAUGGGCAGAGGUGGCAGAUUUUUGUUGGAUCGGGCGCACACGGACCUCGACGGCAUUUGCCAGACCCUGGACUCAGAACCGGAAUCGCUCACCUCAUCAUUUCCAUGCUCUCCACUCCGCAACUCUAGUACCUCAGAAAGCAAUACCUCGGACAUGACCGGCACUUCCCAUCCCGUCUCCUUCCCCUCAGCAUCACACCAGCCAUCACUGUCAUCCUCCACCAUGGCCACGGACCUCGGCCGGAUUCUUUUUAACAUUAAAUCUUGCCGCUGGAGGCAUUUCAGACCGCGGACGCUAUCCCAGCACCUUUUGGGUAGAGGAGUCCCGCCUCUUAAAGGAUGUGGCGAUUCCAGGCGGACGGUGACGGGACUUACUCGGACCUUGUCUGGAGGAUCCUGCUCGCUGAACCGCACUUGUGCUCCUGUCAACUUGUUGACGGUGGAGCAGUACCAGCAGCACCAAGAGCAGCUGGCCGUCAUGCAGAAGCAGCAGCUGGAGCAGAGCCAACAGCGACGACAGCAGCAGCCGCAACAACACCAGCAGCAGCAGCUGCCGCAGAAAAUACAACACGCCAACAACUCCAUGAGCGCCGCCAACCCGCUGAUCCUGGUGUCCAAGACAUUGGACCAAGCAAGCGCCCAGUUUGCCGCCUCCGCUCUCGUCACUGCUGACCAGCUGCUGGCCUUCAAGUCCAAAGAGGAGCUGGUGCUGGCGAGCGGCGUCAACGGCGUCUUGGGCAGCGCAGCUGUUUUCAAAGGUCUGCACCUGUGCAACGCCGCUGCCCCGCCCUCCACCCCCGCCUUCCUCCAGCCCUCCCCCCAGCCGGCCAACCCUCCAUCCGCCAACGCCGCCCCGGCCGUCUCCCUCUCCUCCGUCCCGGCGCUCGGCAUCUUAGGGUGCAACGCCGCCGCCCCCGCCUCCACUCAGGUCCUCAUCGGGAACAACAUAUGUCUGAGCGUCCCCUCGGGCCCCGGACUGGCCGGGCGCCACCUGCCCCGCGCCCUAUCCGGCGUGCCGCCCUCUGCCUUAAAACUGUCCACCACCACCAACCUGCAGAAGCCCAAAGUGUCCACAACGCCGGCCAUGGACAUGAACUCGAGGGAGAACCACGAGGAGGACAAGCCGUCCCUAAGCAGUAUAGCAGACAACACAGUGGCCAUGGAAGUGACGUAGCGGCCUCGAAGGGGCGGAGUCUACUAUUUCUUUGUUUAGGUGCUGUGCAUCGUAGCGUAGUAGGGGGAUGCAAAAAAGGGACUGCCAGGAUGUGACAAGCCGUUCUCAUCCUUUUUAUUGAAAAACGUUUUUGUUACCGUGUGGAAAGUGUACAUUGUGAAUAUACGGCAAAAAUGAAUAUGUGUACAGUAACAUAUUUGUACAUAUUACUUGAAAAAAAAGAAGAAAACAACUGUCCGUUUGUGAUGUUUUGCACUUGGGAGUCAAAAGCGGGAGAAAAAAAGUGUGUGUGUUGAGUGAGUGAGUUGUAUAGAGAAGUUUUAUCACGUGCAUGGUGCGAGCUGCUGCUUUGAUCUAUUUAUUAUUGUGCCGUGUUUACACUUUUUUUUAAAUUAUUUGUACACUGUACCUUUUUUUGUUUUUGUUUGCUUCCUGUGCUCUUGUACACGUUAGCUAGCUGCAGACUCCCGGGUGUCUGUCUACAACACAAAUCAAGCCCCCACACUCCCCCACCCUGUGCCAUGAGGGCAGAGGUGUCCAAACGUCUUCUCCCGAGGGCCGCAUACACAAUAGUCUAAGAAUACAUUAGUUGUUAAAGAUGCUAAAACCUAAUAUAAUGUAGGUCAAUAUAUGCUAAACUGAAUGCAAAGUAGCCUCAUAUUUAAUAUCUUUCUCAGGGCAACUGGACUGUUCAGAUGGUCCUAGAAGACAUGCAUCAUCAGUUCAUGCUCUGAGAUUGGGCAACUCUAGUCUUGACAGGAUUGUGCAGUAUGCAAAGUAUUUAUCCUCUAAGAGUGGGGACAUUCCCAGACAUGAUUUUGCUCCAUUGGGGUGCAAAACCACUUGUGCGGGCAUGUCCUACUAAAUACUUUAGAUCCUGCACCAUCCUGUCAGACUAAAGAGAAUACAAUGGCCUGGAUGAAUAAGAGUAUUCAGACAUUAAUAUAUCUCUUUAGAAUGAGUUGUUUUUUAGCAUAUACUGAAUGCCCAAUCACAUUUUGGACACUGCUGCAGUAGGGUCAGGAGGAAAAAUGGCUGUUGGUUGGGGUGGAGGAGCAGGGGGACUUUGGCCGUUGUCCCAAAUAAUACGUAACAAAACAGGGAUGAAGUCUCUUCCCAGAAGCCUUUGCUGCUUCGUAUUAAAGCACUAUUUUUGUGAUGUUUUGUUGUUUUUUUGAUACAGAUGCUGCUUUUUGUAUUUUUGGUUUUAAGGGGUUGGUCCUUCAUUUUCAUGCAAUUGGAGUCCCCUUCUUUUUUUUUUCUUUUUUUUU